AUGAGUGCUAUAUCGAGUACGGGGUUGCUGGUAACCUCAAAGCCGGAACACCGCCUGCACUACUUCGCCGACGCCUGUCAGAUAGGACUAGGCUCAGCGCUCUUCGAGCGCAUCCCCCGACCAGACGACAAGCCCACCGCCUUUCCUCCAAACUGGAAGCAGCCUCACACUCGGAAAACGAUUGACGCCUACGAAGGACGCCGAACUGCAAAGCAAACGCAACCAACAGUAGCCCAACUCUCACCCCACAAAAAGCGCCAUGUCGAUUCCUCUGUUUACCUGGCAUACCGAGGGAUGCUGCUUCGAAAAACGAUUGACGCCUACAUCCAGGUUGAGAAGGACGCCGAACUGCAGUACUUGCAGAGUGUCGAAAUUAACGAGAACAUGCUUCUCUUGUCUCAAUCCGACAGACAGCUUACUGAGGCGAUUGCCUUCAGUAAGGAAAUCACGGCGCGUACGCCUCACAAACCGUCGUAUUAA